AUGUCUAGGAGUGUGUACAUCCGAGGAGACAAAACCCUAGAGUCCCUGGUAACCUUGAUGACUCGAGAUCAGCCUCCGAAACUUCAAACUUUGCAAUCAUUGGAGCCGGGAAAAGAUCUCUUGAUUCCCGGGAUCUCACUGUCAUAUCAUUCCAGUUCAUACACAGUGGACAUUCUUCACUGCCGUGGAGCAUACUCUGAGGUCGAUGACAGAGGACAUAGUUCCAAGCUGAAAGCCCAUCGUGACGACCACAGGAAGUUACCUAGGUUGACAGACGGAGUGACAGCGUUGGGGGACAGCCUCUUCCCGGCCGAGCCACAGCAGUGGGAUAUAGGAUCUGGAUACCCGCAGCAAAACCCGCAGGCAGCGCUUAACCCGCUUUUGCCUGUUCUUCGCUCCCGCGAUCUUGCCAUCUUUACGGGGGGCGGAUAG